AGUCCAACUACUGAACCCGCCAUCAGAAACCCAUUUUCUUAACUCUCCAACUAACUUUCCACCUUUCAGUCCUACAAAAUCAACCAUGUUAUUGCAAUCCUCUAUUACUGUCACUUUCAGACGCACCCAUUUCUCCAUCAUCUCUUCCUUUCUUUCUUUUAUUUUUUUUAAGGGUGUUUACUUUCCCCAUUCACUGUACCAAGGAGGAUUUCUCAGAAAAAUGGCAGCUAAAGUCGGAUCGUUUCGGCAUAGUUUUGUGGAGAGGAGUAAGGAGAGGCUGCUGUCUAGGAAGGGUUACUCAGAGUUUGGGCUGAAUAGCUCAGAUGGAGGCGAUGAACCAGUUAAAUGCCUGUGUUUUCGUUGGAGGACUGAUGCAAUUAUUAAUUUUUGGAAUGGUUUACAAGACACUGCGGGUAGGCUUUUUGAAAUGGCUCGGUCAGAUCCUCGAAAGGUCUAUUUUGCAGCCAAGAUGGGGUUGUCGCUAGCGAUUGUUUCGCUAUUUAUAUUCCUUAAAGAACCCCUAAAGACUGUUAGCCAGUAUUCAAUCUGGGCAAUUCUUACAGUUGUUGUGGUUUUCGAAUUCAGUGUAGGAGCAACUCUUAGUAAGGGAUUUAAUCGUGCUUUGGGAACAUUCUCUGCUGGUGGACUUGCUCUGGGCAUCGCAGAGCUAUCUAUGUUGACUGGAGCUUUGGAAGAAGUUUUAAUUAUAAUCAGUAUAUUUAUUGCAGGAUUUUGUGCAAGUUAUUGCAAACUGUAUCCAGAAAUGAAGCCUUAUGAAUAUGGAUUUCGGGUAUUCUUGUUGACAUUUUGUAUUGUAUUGGUGUCGGGGAGCACUUCAUCAAAAUUUCUGCAAACAGCUCUCUAUAGGUUGUUAUUUAUUGGGGUCGGUGCCGGCAUUUGUUUGGUUGUAAAUACAUGUAUUUGCCCCAUUUGGGCUGGCGAGGAUCUACACAAAUUGGUGGUGAAAAAUUUUCUGGGUGUUGCUACUUCUUUGGAAGGUUGUGUUAAUGAGUACCUGCAAUGUGUGGAAUAUGAGAGGAUUCCUUCAAAAAUUCUUACAUACCAAGCUUCCGAUGAUCCAGUGUACAAUGGCUAUAGAUCAGUUGUACAAUCUACAAGCCAAGAGGACUCCCUGUUGGAUUUUGCCAUAUGGGAGCCACCUCAUGGGCGUUAUAGAAUGUUCCACUAUCCUUGGAAAAGCUAUGUUAAACUAAGUGGUGCAUUAAGGCAUUGCGCAUUCAUGGUUAUGGCAAUGCAUGGAUGUAUACUUUCUGAAAUACAGGCACCACCAGAAAAGAGGCAGGUUUUUAGUAGUGAGCUUCAAAGAGUUGGUGUGGAAGGAGCUAAAGUAUUACGUGAACUUGGAAGAAAAGUGGAAAAGAUGGAAAAACUGGGCCAACAGGAUUUGCUCAUAGAAGUGCAUGAGGCAGCAGAGGAGUUGCAAAUGAAGAUAGACAAAAAUUCAUUCCUUCUGGUCAACUUUGCGAGCUGGGAAGCUGGAAGACUGCCAAAGGAAUAUGAGGAUGCCGAGAACAUCCUUCAGGUUAAGGACACUGAACUUAAAACACCAGUGAUCACUUCUCUCAGUGAAACAGUCCUUGACCUCGGAUCAGCUCCUAGAAGCUGGAAUGCUCGGACUCCAAACAUGAGCAUGGACCCUCCAAUGCCGGGUUGGGUUUCAUCAGAAAGUAUGUUCAAGAAACAAGUAUCGUGGCCGUCAGGUCUCUCAUUUAAUGCUGAUUUGGUGCUCAACGAACAGGAAUCAAAAACAUAUGAGAGUGCCAGCUCCUUGUCUUUAGCAACAUUUACUUCGCUUCUGAUUGAGUUUGUUGCUAGGCUUCAAAAUCUUGUGGAUUCCUUUGAAGAGCUUAGUGAGUUAGCCAAAUUUAAGGAUCCAGCGGACCUUCCAGCUCCAAAAGAGGUGGUUGGGUUUUGGACCAGACUGCGUCGGUGUUUCGGGUUAAACAAUUGAGAUGCUUCUUGUGAUUGCCUCCAGAAGUUUCUUCAAUCAAAUGAUUAGGCAGUUUUCAAUGAUUAUCAAGAUUAUUUUGACAAUACUAAUGUGGUAGCCUGGUAAUCCGCCAGAGGGGACCUGUGAAGAAAUCAAAGAGCGCAUGACUGAAGUCUCACUAGUAAAUAGAUAUGCUCCAAAAUCAAAUCCCAUGUUGAGUGGAUAGGAAAGAACAAGAAAACAAGAAAGAAAAACACAGGCAAAAAGAAUCAGGAGGAUGUCAUGAAGAUGCUCACAUUCUGUUUCUGAAUGACUGGUGAACAAAAAUCAAGCUCAGAAAACAAGCUAUAGGCCCCGUGCUUCAAUAUAAUUUUCCUUCACUCUUUAUCUUUUUUCUCUGUUAAUUUGUUUGUUUUCCUUGUUUUGGCUGAUACCUUCAGAUUGACAUGAGUUUAUCAUAUAUGAAAUUAGUUUGUUUGAGUACA